GAAUAAUUUUUCUUCUUACUUUGUAAAUCAAUUUUUGCAACAAGCUCAUCUCUUAAUAACUUGCAGACUGACCUUUUUGUGGAUUUCACUAUAAAUAUAUCCUGGGCUUCAGGAUGUGCUCUAUAGUCAUGCUUCAUCAGUGGAGUCUGGCUGUGUUCUUGCUGUGCUCCCCAGUGACUCUUGAUGGGAGACCAGUUGCUGCACUUAGUAGCAGAACGAAGAGGUCAGUGAGCCACGCCCAGCUGAUGCAUGACAAGGGCCGCUCCUUGCAGGAGUUCAAGCGCCGCAUGUGGCUGCAGGAGCUGCUGGAAGAGGUGCACACCGCCGAUGAGCGAGCUCCACCUGUGCAGAGCAGAACCCAGAGCCAAACCUUCAGUGGGAAUGCCCUGCACGAGAAGCCCCCAGGGGCCACGAAGGACCUCCCCGACAGGUUCAGGCUGGACAGAGAGGGCCCUAACCUGCCCCAGGAGACCAACAAGGCUCUGGCCUAUAAGGACCAGCCACUUAAGGUGGCCACCAAGAGGAAAAAAAAGGCGAGGUUAGGCCGACGUAGAGAGAGCGACAAGAAGCGGAGGCGGGCACGGUCUGCCACAACAAAGGAGCCAUGAAGGACGCAGUGCCCUGGCUAGAGACUCCUACUAGCCUUUGCAUGGUACUGCACUGAGACACUGACAUAGGUUCAGCCAGACUGGGAUCUGAGAGACUCUACUCGUGGCUGACUCAGUCACUUCAUUAUACACCCUGGGUUUGUGCUUGUAUGAUAAUAUUUUGCUGUUUAUAUUUUUGAUCACAAAGUUUUUGUGAAUUAUCUUCAUAACAUCUUCUUAGGUCCAUAUUUAUUUUGGAACAUCUGUAGGCAUCUGUAACUUUGAUUGACUUCAAAACAAAGCCAUGUGUUGUCAUCUCUAACCAACCGUGUGCACGAGUAGAUCAUAGGAGGAAAUAUUUAUUGCCUGAAUAUUAUGUAACUUCAAAAUGGUUUACUUGUGUUUGGCUCUAUGUUGACUAUUGUGAACUUAGUUAUUGUACAUAGAAACUGUUCACUGCAUACAUCUGUUCGAACUGUUCUGCAAUAAUUUAUUUCACUUUGAAAGUGUGUAUUUAUUUUGUGAAUGUAUCAUGGUGCUGCUGACUAAAUUCCAUAAUGCACUUUAGUUAUAUUCUGUACAUGUUCUUUUGUGGUUGAGUUCUGUUUUGAUGUUUCUUUCUGAUGGUCCUGCUUUCCUUUCCAAACUUAA